CAUCAACCUGCCAAGUCUCCAGACAGUACAUUGUGUGGGGUGAGCUGAGAGGAGGACAUGGAGGGGAGGAGGAGAUGGGAGGAUAUGGAAGUGGACUGCUUGGCUCACGUCUUCCGGAAGCUCAGCCUGGAGGACCUGACACUGAGUGUGCCAUUUGUGUGCAAGGCAUGGCUGAGAGCCGCCUUGGACCCUCUCUGCUGGAGGUCUCUUAACCUGAGGGACUUGGACUUCAUGCCGUGGAGCAACUUCACGAGGACCUUCACGGCGCAGUACGCCCUCCGCCGCUUCUCUUUCUCGGGCUUCCUCAAGUUGGCAGUCGCCAGGAGCCAUGGCGGCGCGGUGGAGCUCAAGUUCCCUCUUCCCUUCGGUGCCUCCUUCCGUGACUUCGUUUAUGCCUCCCACGAGUGCCCGGGAUUGAAGACGCUGGCGCUCCCUAAUCUGCUGCUGGCAGAUGAGCCACAGAUUCCAGAGCUGGUUGGGAGGUGGAAGGAACUAGAGACGCUGGAGAUGGAGUCAAAGCCAUCUUCUUUCUUGGAGAUGGUGAGGCAGAUCAGUAUCAAUUGCGGCAGCUUUUCUGGGCUCAGAAUGUGGGGUUCCAUCAAGAAGGAAGAUGUGUCUGCCAUAGUCGAUUGUCUUCCAAGAAUCAAGCACCUCUCCCUCAGCAAAUCAUACUUACCAAAUGAGCAGCUGGUGGAGAUAAUCAGUGGCUGUAGAGAGCUGGAGACGCUCCGUGUCAACAGUUGCAUUGGGUUUGAGGUUGAUGAGGAGAUUGUCAGAAGAGCUUCUGGUAUCAAAACCUUCGAGCAUGAGGGCUGUAAAUUGUUUGAUGAGUCUGAUUGUGAUAUGGAUGAGUGUGAUCCACUCUAUGUGCAUGUUAUUUAGCAAAGAUUGUAGCUCAGUUAAACAGAUCAUGUUUUUGGUGAAGCACUAUGCUUUUCGUGUUCCAA